GAUACAUUUUGAUUUAAAGUUUAGGUAAAUGAUGCAAAAACAGUUGAGAAUCAUUAACUAUUUGGUAAUAGUUGGAAUUGUUUAUCGAAACAUAACAUUUUACAAAUCUAAGCUGUGGGACAGUUACCAUACUAGUGUUGACAACAUAGUGGACAUAUUGUUCGAUGCAGUGGCAGAUGAAAAUUAUUGUCUUCAUGGAGGUCCUUGUGUCCCGAAAAAUUAUGUUUCGAUGUACAAAAGUCAAUCUUAUCCAGAUGCGAUCAUUAUCGGCUGUAAGAAAUGUGGGACGAGGGCCCUGAUUGAUAUGAUGUGUUUGCAUCCUCAAAUUAAAGCUUUAAGAAGGGAAGGCCAUUAUUUUGACGAUUUUUAUGCACUAGGAGAUUAUUGGUAUAAAAGCAGAAUGCCAAUACUUGCCGAUCAUGAAGUGGCAAUAGAAAAGACUCCCUCAUACAUGUUAUCAAGACUUACUGCAGAACGAAUUUAUAACUUUAACCCAGAUAUAAAACUGAUAGUCAUUCUACGAAAUCCUGUGGACCGAUUAAUAAGUGAUUACCUGCAGAAACAAGCUCGUUUUCCUAAAGCUGUUGUACUUUCAGUAGGAGAAACUUAUAUAAAAAAUAAAACCAACACAGUUGAUGAGACUAAAGUUCAUGUACAAAAAGGUUUAUAUGCAAAGCAACUAAAACCUUGGUUGGAAAUCUUUGGCACCAAGUCUAUACUUAUUGAAGAUGGCAAUGCAUUUACAAAGGAUCCUCUUCCUACACUAAAACGUGCACAACAAUUCCUUGGUUUAAAACCACACAACAAUCAUGUUUAUUUCAAUAAAUCAAAGGGAUUUUACUGCUGGUUGGAAAACAGCCAGACCAAAUGCCUUGCUGGUGCAAAAGGAAGAAAACACCCAAAGAUUCCUUCACAACAGAUGAACAUAUUAAAAUCAUAUUACACCAAACCAAAUGAAGACCUUUUUAGAAUGAUUGGAAAACGAUUUGAUUGGUAGAUCUAAACAAUCAAUUUAUCAGUAUUAUAGACUUAUUAAUAUCACUGUAUACACUAAGACAUCUGUAUAUUUUUUCUAUUAUGUGCAAUGUAAAACCUUUUUAUAAAACCAAGUAUUUCAGCUUGAUUUUUGUGAAAACAUUAUGAAGGAAUUCUAAAUGUAUUGGCGUAUUCUUG